UCUAAUAAUCCCAUUGUUCUUCUAUAUACAACAAUUGGGUUCUGAACAAUUGUUCAUCGAGCAUCCCACCUUCCGUUUGAUGGUUUGCGCAAGUCACGCCAGUACUUCGUAUAGCAUUGGAGAGUCCUGUACGAGUAUUUCUCUGGAUUUCUUUGGUUCCUUUCGAUAUACUUAGUCUCUUUUCGUGGCGAUUAUAUACGUUCUGUACAUGUUAUUCCUGGCCAAGUGUUGAACUAUCCGAAUCUGUGGCGACCCAAUCGACGAGCGAGCCCCUGGACUCGAAGCGACUCGAGCGGCCGUAUGGCUGCGAACCUUGACCGUUCCCUCGAUAUACCCUGAAUACGUUCGACCGCCAUCAUGAAUCUCAGUCUUCCUAUCCGGUCCGCUAGUCGGAAUGCCAGGAACGAUGAGAGCAGAAAUCACUUCAUGAACUAUACUCCUACCUCAUCUACUGAGGCGAUACUGGGUCCCAUUCGAGAGCCUGCUCCGCUCAAUGAUCGUCUUAUCGUCGGUCUGGAUUUUGGAACUACUUAUUCUGGAGUUGCAGCAGUCUAUACGUCCACACCAGAUGAUGUCGAGAUCAUCAAGACCUGGCCAGGUGGGAACGGAAUCACAUCAGACAAAGUCCCCACAGAGAUUGCCUACGACUUCCCCCCAGAUGCUCCAAAAGGCACAAACCCAACAAUAAAAUGGGGAUUUCAGUUCAGACCCGAGGAGUCUCGAUUACGCUGUAUCAAAUUAUUCCUCGAUCGGUCACAGAAGCUCCCUUUCUAUGUUAGUCCUCUAGAGACAGCUGCCCAACUAAAGAGGUUCAACAAGAAUGUCGUGGAUGCCGUGAGCGACUAUCUCACACAGGUCUAUGACCAUACCAUGGAGACCUUGACCAGAAGAUACGGCGAAUCCUUCAUGGCGUCGACGAAAGUUGAAUUUGUCCUCACAUGUCCUGCGGUUUGGAGCGAUGCUGCGAAGAACACCACGUUGCAAGCCGCAGAACGAGCUGGCAUGGGAGCCAAGUCAGACAUUCAGAUGAUCAGCGAGCCUGAAGCUGCAGCUGUCUAUACCCUCAAGGCUAUACAGCCAAAUCACCUAUCAGCUGGAGAUAACUUUGUUGUUUGCGAUGCUGGUGGUGGUACUGUCGACUUGAUUGCAUAUAAAAUCAUCUCCCUGAAACCAUUGAGGGUUGAGGAGUCUGCUGUAGGCACAGGCGGACUUUGCGGUAGUGCAUUCUUAAACUACCGUUUCGAAGAACACGUUCGAAAUCGAAUUGGACAUCAGCGCUUUGAUGAGAUGAAGCUGAAGAAAGGGAAGUGCUGGCAGAUGGGACUACGAUACUGGGAAGAGUUCGUCAAGCGAAACUUCAACGAAGAAGAGCACGCUGAAGUCAACGUCCCAUUCCCAGGACUACCUGAUGAUGAAGAAGCUGGUCUCGACUGUGGCUUCUUGGUCAUGACUGCAGCUCAAAUCAAGGAGAUCUUCGAGCCAGUCGUGAAGGAAGUCUGUGACCUGGUCCAAGGACAGGUAGAUGGCAUCAGACAAAAGGGUGGCAUAGUGUCUGGAAUCGUACUUGUUGGUGGCUUUGGACAGAGCAAUUAUCUAUACACACGACUGAAGUCACAUUUCAACACCGCAGCACCACCUCCAUACAGCGAGCGGCCUACACACGCACAAGCCACAGCUCUAAUCGAGAACGGUAGUGUGGAAGUUAUGCAACCUGUCAAUGCUUGGACAGCAGUCGUCCGAGGCGCUGUUCUCAGAGGAUUGGAAGGAAGCAUGGUCGUAUCGAGGAAAGCUCGAAUGCAUUACGGCACCUCUUAUGCUACUGUUUACGACGAGGAUAAACACCAAGUAAGUGAGCGGUACUGGUCUCCGCUGUGGGAACGAUGGAUGGUUAGCGAUAGGAUGCAAUGGCAUAUUACUAAGGGUGAAACCUUGAGUGCCGCUUCUCCAAUCAGUUUCCACUACACGCGGAACUUCAGACCAGGACAAUCACUCAUCGUGUCCGACGACCUCAUCGCCUCCGACGCGGACGGCGAGCCACCCUCCUCCUACACCCGCGAUCUAAUCAACGUCUGCACACUCACGACGGACCUAGGCGCCGUGCCGAAAAGCCUCUUCACGAGAUUAACAACCACACGCGGCGUCGAGUUCGAUAAUCUGGAUUUCACGCUUGAGAUGGUUGUUGAGAGCGCUGGGCUGGCGUUCGAGUUGAAGGUUGAUGGUUUUAGGUAUGGGAGAGUUGAGGCUGAGUUUCAUUAAGGCGGAAGGAGGUGUGAAUGAUGAGGAUAUUGAGCGCUGGAAUUGAAGGAGGGUUCUGUAUGGUUAUAUAUCAGUAGAAAGUAUAGUACAAUAGCUUGCAAACACAGUAACAUUUAAUGCUUGGAG